GGAGGGCUGCAUGGAAAGCUGGAAAGACAAAACAAAAGCCACACAUUUCAACCAACAGGCGCUGGUCGCUGUUUAUUUUUUUGUAAACCAAAACUGAUUUGAUCCAUUAUUCGCAUCGAUUACCGUUUAACGGCAAUAUUAAAAAAGCUUUGCAUCAUGCCUAGUAGCACGUCUUUGCUGGAGGCCGACGAGGGAGAGUCCGAGGUCCCACCGCCGCUAGUGCACGCUUUCGCCGGUAUGGGCCUUGAGGAGCACCACGGCACCCAGAGCCAGACCCCCGAACAAGCAGACGAGAGCCUCUCCUUUCACCAUCACCACCACCACCACCAGCCCCCCCCGGUUUCUCAUUUCAACCUCCUCGGUACGGUCCUAGACUUGAAGCCUCUGCACCGGCCGCCCUCGGGAGAUGAAGUGAACAUAACUGCAGCGCCCGUGGACGAGGAGCCAGAAGUUGUGGCGGCUGCCGACUUCUCGGGCUGCACCGGUAGCUCGUUGCUCGCGCAGGCCCGCCGCCACCAUCACCACCAACACCUCCCACCGGGGCCGGGUGGCUCCGUGAUGCCGCCCGGGAUGGAGCUGCCGCACGUCGAGACGGUCUUGUUGUACAACGGAGACGAGCGUGACGAUACCGGGGUCGGCGGCAGCGCCCUGCCACCGGCUAGCAGCAUGGCGAUGCUACCGCCCGGCGUGUACGGGGAGCCGGGCUACGAGGCCGAGCCAUCGCUGUUGAGUCGGCGAAAGAGCGUCAACACGACGGAGUGCGUGGCCGUGCCGAGCUCUGAGCACGUCGCGGAGAUUGUGGGCAGGCAGGGCUGUAAGAUUAAGGCACUAAGGGGCAAGACCAACACCUACAUUAAGACACCGGUGAGAGGAGAGCAGCCUGUCUUUGUCGUGACGGGGCGCAAAGAAGAUGUGGCCAUGGCUAAGAGGGAGAUCCUGUCUGCGGCCGAGCACUUCUCCCUAAUCAGAGCCUCUCGAAACAAGACGGGCCCUCUUGCUGCUGUCACCGGCCCAGGGACCCCCUCUCUACCUGGACAGACAACCAUUCAGGUGCGGGUACCGUAUCGUGUUGUAGGGCUGGUCGUGGGUCCCAAAGGGGCAACCAUCAAACGUAUCCAACAGCAGACCCACACCUACAUCGUGACACCGAGUCGUGACAAAGAACCGGUGUUCGAGGUCACUGGGAUGCCGGAGAACGUGGACCGGGCGAGGGAUGAGAUAGAGGCGCACAUCGCUCUCCGCACAGGAACCUGCGGAGGCAUUGAGGCUCCUGGUGCUGACAACAACGACUUUCAGUUCAACGGGACAGACGUCAGCUUUGAGAGUUGUGCGACGCCCAUUGGGUUGGGGGAGGCUGGAUGGCUUCAUGCUGGUGCAUCAUCACCGGGUGGUGGCUUGCUGCCAGUGAGCAUCAACGGUACUCAGCGAAUCAAUAGCAAUAUUAACAGUGGUGUCAGGAUGUCUUCUACCUACCGCAACGACAGCUCCAGUUCCCUGGGCAGCGGUUCCAGCUCAGCUGAUUCUUUCCACGGCAGUGGUAAUGGUAACCGGAUGGCAGAUUUUAGCCCGACUUGUGUGUAUAAUGCCAACGCUAACAACAACAACAACAGUAAUGGCGGCAGUGCAAGUUUCUGGUUUGGUGAGAGCCUUCUCCCUGUUGGGGCUGAGGAGCUGGUCAGCCUGGGAGGUGGAAGCUCCUCCUCAGGAUUUGACCCGUUAACCAUCUCCACUGCCCAGGCCUCGCACCCUGUUACACAGCCACAAAUCUGGAGCCCUUUUCUGGAACACCAAACACCCCAGUCCCUUGAUGCUCGCCAAUCUCAGACCAGUCAGCCUGGGACACCCCGGCUCUCUCCAACCUUUUCUGGGACAGAAGCCUUGGAGCACCCUCAAGCCCAACGUGUUCACCGAGGGCCUUUUGGCUCGGCUGGGACCCUUGAUGCCCACAGGUUCCCCUCUUACAGCUCAGCCUUCUCCUCUUCCAGUGAAAGCACCACCUCCUCUUCCUCCCCUCCUGAAUCUUCCCUCUCCUAUCGAGCGGGGUUUGGAUCAGCAGGGAGAGGACAGGAGCUAUGUAUCCAAUGUAUGGAUAACCAGGUGAUCGCUGCCUUGGUGCCCUGCGGCCAUAACCUCUUCUGUCUAGAUUGUGCCACCCGCAUAUGCCAGGGUCCAGAUGCUGUCUGCCCUGUGUGCCUGUCCCCGGUCACACAGGCCAUUCAGCUCCGCAACAUGUGAUUAUUUUUUUUUUUUAAUCAUCCAUUUACCUUGACGGCUGAUGAGGGAUCGGCCUCCCCAACACUCGUGUGGGGAAAUUACAAAAGUGACCCCAAAUCAGUGUCUGUGUGUCCUCACCCCGUUUUUGUCCAAGCUGGUGUUUGGUUGACAAAGGUGAGGAAGAAUAGGUGAAUAAGGAAUGAUUUGUAUUUAGGGCAUGGGUUAGGGUGUUCAUCCUGUUCAUGUGCCUGCUAUUGUGAAGUCUUCUUCCUUGAUUGAUUAAGUGAUCAAUGGGAGGGUUGGAAACCCUCUGUGUAGCAUUGGGUGGGGUGGGAUAUAUCUAUAUAGAUAUAUAUAGAUAUAUUUUUGUUUUUCAUUCAUCAUGAUUUUUCAUUUCUUCUCCCUGAAACAUCUAGUAAUCAGUUUCUGCCUACCUACAUUUUAUUAAAAUUUUAAAAAUUCUUAGAUUCACAAUGUUAGCUUUUGUGUCAACAUUUUUUUUUCCGUUUACAUCUCAAGAUUCUUAUCCAUUUAAAAAAAAAAAAGAAAAAAAAAAAAAUUGCUGCUACAGUUAUUUUUUUGUGCUGAAAAAUAGCCCAUCUCCUUUGCCUCUCAAUAAUUGUGCUUGCAGCAGGAAACAUUUGAGGAAAAAAUAAGAGUUGAGCAUGUUUACAUAGUCCCAGAUAUGAAGAUGUAUAAAUAUAAUAGUACCUGGUUACCACAGAAUUUAAAUUGUAGUAAACUGGAUACAAUGUACACAUGCCACAUUAUCCUGACAAAUUCUACAAAUUCACAUAAAUCUUAUCAGCCUACCGACGUAUAGUCGAGUUACUUAAAACAGGAUUUGAUGUUUACAUGCUCCAGAUAAUAAAUCUGAAUUUUUGAGCAUCUCUCAUUAACAGCAUAUUGAUAAACAUGCAAACACACCCACAGAUUUUUUUUAAACCAAGUGGGUCAAACGCGCAGUUGCAAAGGUGUCCCUCUUUCUUUCCCAGAUUAGAACCAACCAAGUGGGUAACUCCUUUUUGUAGAGUCCCAGAGUGUUCGAUCACUUCAGUAUCGCCACGUUGCUUUCCAUUUCUACUUUAAAGAGAAAUAUGUUUACGGUAAACUUGUGCCUAAUUCCGUUCCUAGUAAACAAAAAAAAACCAACUGGUUAUGCGGACACACAGUGUUGCUCUGUCUUAAAACAAACUUGUGGCCUUUCAGAAAGCCUGUAAUUAACUGACAACACUAUCUACAAAUCCAGAUUUUGGCUCGAAAGAACACAAGCUGACAGACCAAGGUCUUAAUGUAUUUGUCGAAGUUCAAUCUCUUAAAUGAAUCUUGGUGGAACAAAGGUUAUAUCGCAGGGAUGUUUUCUUUUGCUUCCUAUUUUAUUGAACCUUUCUCAAGUAUUUACCACCUAUUACUUUAUCUUUUUAGCACCAAACACUCCCAUUUAGUUUAUUUCUGUUUUCAUGUUUUAUUCGCCUUUUUCUUUCUUUUGUAUCUUGAUUACAUCCUUGUUUGGUUCAGCCAGAAAGAAACGCACAGCUUGUACCUUUUUUGGUAACAUUCCUCCUCCCCUGCAUUGCAGUUACUUUAGUAGAUGGUAUAAAUAUGGCUAAGUAAUAGUUAUACCUCACCUGAGAGCCCAAAACACUGAUAUUUUAUGAAACUCUGCUAUGAAGACAGCUGUAAUCUGGAACAAAUCCCUGUACUGUACAAACAGUUUGCUGACUUUUCAGUCAUCGCAAUGGUAUCCCUUUCUUUUAGUUGAAUGUUCUUUCACUUGAACUGCUCCACCCUGUGGUCGUCUCAUCACAGCCAUUUUGUGUCCUUGUUGGUAAGCAGGCUGCAAAAUAAUUCCAUUGGGACGCAAAAUAGAGACUAAGGCCACCCGUGACUAUACUUUGUAUAUUUAUUUAAUCCAUGUCUUGUCUGCCAGGCCUAUGCAAAAAUUGUCUCAGUAUGUUAACUACUCCAGGAAGCACUAGAUAAAUUUAACUCCUCGGGUUUUAGUUACAGAGCUCAAACAAUCUUGGACUUAAACUUGUAGACAGACAUAUCCGUUCUUGUUUUUCUUCUACUACAUUUCAGUCGUGGUUAACCUUCAUUACCUGUUUUGAUGCAAUGAUGGGAUGUUUUAAUGGUACACACUUUGCUUCUCACGUUUCAUUAGCUCAUUUUCUGUUGCCCUCUGCUGUACUAAGCACAUAUUUCCCCAUAUCUUAUCACAGUAUUGACUCGAUGGGACUCAAAGUCUCUUCCCCCUUCAACAUCUAUCCGUUCCUCCACCUGAAAAGUGAAGAAAAGGUACAAGUUGGUGGAAAUCAUCUCAAAUCUUAGCUUUAAACACCAGUGUCUCUAGACUGUGAUUUACAGGAUUGAAUGAGUUGACGGACAUUUUGAAGGGGAAGCUGCUGGAAUGUUUUCAUCUUGGACUGUGCUGACACUACAUAAGGUCAAUACAGUUGCUUUACCGCUUGGACAUUGGACUGCAGUCCCUCUGGCAUUCCAGUUGUAAACAGUAUUUGGGAGUUAUUCCAUCGCUUAGCUGUUUCCUAAUUAUCGUCUCUUUCAUGGAUUGAGCUUUCUUGAGGAAAUGGAACCAAACGAGCCCCAAAAAUACAAAAACCCCACCCAUCUGCAUCUACCCUCUCUGGUCUUCUCUCCGUCCCUUUUUAUUUGACUUCUUUCAGCUCUACGAAGGGUCGACCUCUCUUUGCUCUCUUUCUCUCUCCGAGGGAAUGCAAUACAUUGUCGUCCCACAGUUUAUUGAAAUUUUUGUGUAUGUAUUAUAUUACUGUUUAUGACUGAUAAAUAUAAAGAACUUAUUUUUAUUUUGUUACAUUUCAUAUAUAUACAUAAAUAUAUCUAUAUUAAAAUGUUUACAAUAAGAUUUUUAAAUUUUUUUUAAACUUUUCUCUGAUUAAGUGAACGAAGAGUUGGAAACCCAGAAAUGUUGCAGGAAGGUGUCAAUGCUAUCUGCUUGUAGUAGUUAUUAGUUUACAGUAUUGAUAAUAGUAUUGAUAGCUGCCGUUCUAAAAUAGUGGAAAAUGGAAUGUGCAUCACGAGCAUGUCUUCAUAAUGUACCGCCAAUGUAAAACGUCACACUGCAACUGUAAAAAGGCCAAGGAUUCAAGCUGCCUGUCAAUGUCUGUACGCCACCAAAUUAAGAAAGGUAUACUGUAAAAUGUAUCUUAGAUUAUCUAUAUAGAUAUAUUGUUAAGCUGUACCAACAGUUCAAAGUAUUUGCUAAUUUUACUAUACUUUUGUUAUGUAUAUGUAGGGGGAGUCUUAUGGCAUAUAAAUUCUUCAAAUUGAGUCAGGAGUUUAAAAGCAGACUAUAUUUUAUAAUGGCCUUUUAAGUUAUUGCGGCCAAAGCACUGAUAUUAUAUAUUUGCUGUAAAGAGAAUUUAAGAGUUUUAUUUUUCUGAUAUUAAAGUUACUUAAUAAAGACGGUUUCAUUUAAAGCCA